AUGAGUUACAACGACGUUCAUUCGUAUUAUCCCGAAAAAAUUCAUACCUUAGCAGGAGGGCAUGAACGUCGUGAUUCAGACUCUGAUGUAACUUUCAGACCAACUUAUAUGCGAAAGUUUCGUGCAGGUUUGGUAAAGAAAACAAUUCAAGAUAUUCUUAAAGAAAGAUUAGAUAAGGCUAUUUAUGAUAAAGAUCAAGCUCCUGGGUGGGCUCACGAAAUAGCUGAAGCAGUAAAAUCAAAGUUAUUAGGUUUAGAUCUUAGUAGAUAUAAAUAUAUUGUUAAUGUUACUAUAUUAGAAAAUAAAGGAGUUGGAGCUAGAAUGCAAAUUAAUGGUUUAUGGGAUACUGAUACUGAUAGUUACGCUCAAGAAACCUUUAAAAAUUAA